AAGCGCCGUCCAACGGACAGUCUGACGAGAGAGGCGACAAUGCUGAUGCAGACUGCCCUCAAGACGUUUCAGCAGCUGGUCACCAAGAUCCUGGAUGGCACCGUCUCCCUGGGCAUCCUCCAGCUGGUGCUGGACAGCGCGCUCAGCUUCCACGCCAUCUACAGCGUACUGCAGGGUCACGGUCCGGACAGGCGAGAGAUGGAGCUCAUGCUGACGCGGAGGCAGGAGGAGGUGACAGCGGUGCACGAGGAGGUCCGGAAUGUCGAGGCUAUGGUGCGCAUGUGCCACGCGAUUGGGGACAUCGUCCAAGUGGACGUGUCGGCGCUGGAGAGUCAGUGCGGGCGCAGCCUCGCGCCGUGCCCCCUCCACGACCUGGCCUGGUGGAUGGGCAGCGGCUCCGGCGGUGCCAUCGUGGUCACCUACUUCGGCAUAAGUUCUGAGCUGCGCCAGUUCGCCCGCGGCUGCUUGCUCCUCUCGCGCAGCGUGGCCUUCCUGGAGCUGUGGAAGGAGGCGGCGCUGGCCGCCCGCCACCAGGUCCUCCACCGGGCGGGGGUGGCGGCCGCCUGCUGGUGCGGCGCCUGCCGGCUGGCGUACGAGGCUGCGGCGGCGGCAGCGGCCGGCUCGCCGGCGCUCACGUCUCUCGACUGCGUGCGGCUCCUGGUGUGGCAGCCAUCGCUGCGCGCCGCCUGGUCGCUGAUCGCCGAGCUGCGCAACGGCGCAGCUCGCCUCCACGACAUCCGCCGCCUCUUCGCCGCGCUCGAGGGCCGCCCCGCCGAUGUGGGGCCCGAGCUGGCGGCGUUGGCCGCUGGCCUGGGAGGGUCGCCGGACGCCGGGUGGGUCGCUCAGAGGGCCUGGCAGAUCGCGCGGUACCAAGAGAUGGGGCCAGAGGUGGGCGUGGCGAGGGUCGUGCUGGCGGUAAGGGAUGUGCUGGAACUGACCGGAGACUUCGACGCCCUGCUUGAGCUCACGCACGAGGAAUUUCACAGCAAGAAGAUCAAGCACAUCACCUCCAAGCUGGUCUCGGCCAUGGACACCCUGAUGGAGGUCACUCCUGCCAGGCUGGAGUGCCUGGAGCAACUGUCACAGUCCAAGCAGCUGCUGGUCUGGAUCAAGGGCACCUUGAAAAAUCUGACCGAGCUGAAGGUGUUCGUGGACCUGGCGUCAAUCACGGCUGGCGAGAGCGACCUCGAGGUGGACCGCGUGGCUUUCUUCCACGACGCGGUGCAGGGCUACUCGCCGCUGCUCUACGACCUGCCAGCCGGCGCCGGCUUCCCGGAGCUCGCCGACGCCGCCCGCAGCGUGUGGCGCUCCCUGGACAGCGACGCCAACCUCACCCUCAAGCUGAGGUGCUCCGUGCAGCACCUGCCGUGGUUACAGGCGGUGUGGCACGGCUCCGUGGAAAUGUCCACUCUGUCCAUGGCCACCGUCAUCAACCACACCGGAGUCUACCACGUGGGCGCCAUCGUGGGCAGUGGCGACAAGCCCUCGCUGGAGACGGUGCUGCUGCUGACGCUGCCUGACCCGUCGGCGGCUGGCGGUAGCGGCGAAGGUGACGGCGCCCUGCACACGUUCCGGAUCCACGAGCUCCGGGAGCUGCACAGCAAACUGAUGCUCACGUGUGGCACGCGGGAAUGGAGCGAGGAGGUGGAGACCUUCACCGAGGUGCUGGAGAGUGUCCUGAGGCUCGCCGAUACUCACCUGGCCCUGAGCGCCAGCGCUAACCCGCUCUUCCGCCGCUGGACGGUGCGCGUCGCCAGCGCCGGUGUGGCGACGUCUCGCAUCACCGUCGAAUUCGGGCUGCCGGGUGCUGGCGCCCUGGUGGUGGACGGAGGAGCCCCCCGGCAGCUGGCGCUGCUGUGUGCUGGAUCGGAGCGCUGCCUGGAUGAGUGGCGGGCGCACGUGAAGGCGCUGCGACGCCACUACCCACAGCUCGACCUCUACACGGCGCAGCAGGUGGCGUGCCUGUGCUCCGAGGUGGGCGAGCUGGCACGGGGCGGCGUGGGCCCCGGCGCCGCCAGCGCCCUCGCCAUGCUGUCGCUCGUCAAGGAGGACUGCACCGCCCGGGACGUUCAGCAGGCCGUGUCGGACGAAGCGGCGGCGCCGGUGGCAAUGACGACAGACGAUGAGCGAUAUGACGGCGGUGAUGACGGCAACAACGUCCCAGGGCUGAACAAUCCGGGAGCUGAUGUCACUGAAUCCCCGCGCCUUGACCGGCAGCUGCUGCGCCUGUGGCGGAGCUUCAUGGCCACGGGCAGUGCCGUGCCCCCCGACGGCGACCCCGGCGUCGAGGCCGUGGCCCGCGUGCUGGCGCGCCUGUCCGCCGCGGCGCGGGCGAGCCCCGGCCGCCGGGCCGUCUGCCGGCGGCUCCCCGAGGGGCUGGCGCGGGGCCAGCCCAACCUGGUGGUGUGCGCGGACGAGGAGGAGGAGUUCACGUCGGCGCUGUCCCUCUACCUGUGCGACGAGGACAAGCCGCUGCCGGCGCCCGACGAGGUGCUGGUGUGCUCGCUCGACACCACCGUCGAGGAGUUGGAGCUGUUCAUGAGGAGGGCGCUGAGCGGCGACGCCGGCGACGGUGGUGACGGCAACGUCAAGAUCCACUCGCUGCUGUGCGCCGACCGGCUGAGCUACGAGGCGAGCGUGCGCAUGGAGGAGCUGGUGCUGGUGGAGCGCCGGCCGGCCGGCCGCUACCAGCUCGUGGUGUUCUGCCACGCGCGGGAAGAGCACUGCUACGCCGCGUCGUGCCUCGGCGAGUUCCGGGCGAGCGCCGCACCGCGGGUGCCCGCCGAGCAACUCCGCUGGUGCCUGUGGCGCCGCCUGCAGGUGGAGGCGGAGCGGGGGGGCUGGGCGGCGCCGGUGGCGGCGAACGCCUUCGCCGAGCGGCUCAGGGCUCGGGUCGUCUGGUCGACGCGGCCUGGAGUGGGCAAGUCGCUGCACGUGCAGCGCAUGCACGACGUGCUGCGGUCGACCUUUGGCGGCCGGAGCAGGCUGCACACCGUGCGGCUCAUGGGCCAGGCGGUGGACGAGGCGGCCGUGGUGGCCUCCCUGCUGAAGCUGCAGGAGCCCCCGGGGCAGGAGAGGCCUCACCUCGUCCACGUCGACGUCACCGCCGCCGUGUGCUCGGGUCUCAGCGCCUUUCUCUUCCGCCUGCUGGCGCUGCGGUGUCUGAGUGGCGCUGGCGGUGCCAUGUGGCGCUGCAGCGCCUCUCACCUUUACGUCGUCGAGAUCACGCAGGGGGAGGGGGGAGAGGGGGAGGAGGUGGUGGGUGGCGCCAGCUCGGACUCAUGCAGGGCUCCUCGCGGUUUGCGUCUGCUGGACCUGUUCCCGGGAGUGCGGUGCCACUCGCCCAGGGAGUGUCUCGACCGGCAGGCGUCGACCCAGGCCCAGAGACAGGCCCAAGGACAGGCCCAAGGCCAGCUCAUGGACCACCUCCUCUUCGUCAGCGAGUGGUACCAGCGACCCUUCCAGUACCUGGAGAGACUUCGCCUGCAGCAGGACCUCGACAGCUUCAGCUACAGGCCGAGCCCGGCGGAGGGAACUCCGGCGCUGUGGCUGCGCACCGUGCUGGCGUACUGCGGGGUCGCUGACCCCUCCUGGGCAGAGCUUCGCAACUUCCUGAGGUUCCUCGACGUGCAGCUGCUCGACUGCGAGCGGUCGGCGUUCUGUGACCGGGAGCACGUCGGCGACGUGCUGCCCGGGUUCCGGCGCUUCGUCGUCGAGUUCGUGGUCCUCAUGGCGCGGGACUUCGCGACGCCCUCCCUCGAUGUCUCCGACGAGAGCUCCCAGGCGCUCCGGCGGCGCGCGGGCGAGGGAGACCUCGCGCCCUUCCAGAUCCGCAAGGCGUGGGAGAGCCGGCCGCACCCCUACGUCUUCUUCAACGCGGACCGCCACUCUCUGACGUUCCUUGGGUUCCACCUGCAGUUGAACCUGCGGAGGGGCGUCGACGCGGUCGACCCUCGCACGAGGGACGUCCUCAAACCAGACGCCAUCGGCAUCCAACUCUACAUGAGCCUCAGGGCGCAGCGCGUCGACUUCAAUGUGAACUUCGACACGCUGCCGCGGAACGCCAAAGUCGAGAUGCUCUGCACGGUGCUGGGGAUCGCACAGCCCUCGGACCCCGACACCACCUAUGAGCUGACGAUGGACAACGUCCUGAAGAUGCUCGCCAUCCACAUGCGCCUCCGCUGCGGCAUCCCCGUCGUCGUCAUGGGCGAGACGGGCUGUGGCAAGACGAGGCUCGUCAAGUACCUGUGCAGCCUGCAGAGGGGCCACCUGCAGGCCGACAACAUGAAGCUACUAAAGGUGCACGGCGGCACGACCGUCGCUGACGUCCAUGCCAAGAUUCGGGAGGUGGAGGUCGCGGCCCGGCUCAACAAGGCGAGGUUUGGGCUGGACACGGUGUUGUUCUUCGAUGAGGCCAACACUACUGAGGCGAUCCACGCCAUCAAGGAGGCCCUGUGCGACGGCACAGUCGACGGCGAGCCGUUCGAUGCCAACUGUGGCCUCAAGAUAGUCGCGGCCUGCAACCCAUACCGGAUGCACUCAGAGGCCAAGAUCCGGCAGCUGGAAUCAUCCGGGCUGGGCUACCGGAUGGCGGCAUCACAAACGGCGGAGAGGCUUGGCGGGAUCCCUCUGCGCCACCUGGUGUACCGCGUGCACCCUCUCCCGCCCUCGCUCAUGCCGCUCGUGUGGGACUUCGGGCGGCUGAGCGAUGACGUCGAAGGGCGGUACAUCGGCCAGAUCGUCGAGCGGGCCCUCGCACCGCACGGCGUCCCCGUGGGCGGUGCGGCCCUAGUUGCUCGUGCAUUGGCCGCCUCACAGCGCCACGUGCGGAGCCGGCGUGACGAGUGCGGCUUCGCGAGUCUGCGCGACGCCGAGCGGUGCAUUGUCGUCUUCCUCUGGCUCUAUGCCCGGCGGGAGGCGCUCUUCGCGAGCCGCAUGGUCCCGCUGGGCGGCCGCGCCGCUCUGGACGCCGUCACGAGGGCUCUCGUCGUGGCCGUCGGCGUCUGCUACCACUGCUCGAUGCGGGAUCGCGAGGGCUACAGGAGGAGCGUUUGCGAGGAGCUGCCGGCACCGUUUGACAACCCCGACCGGGUGCUCGCGGAGAUCACCGCCUGCCAGGAGCUGUUCCUGGGGAACCUGGAACUGGGCGAGACCAUCGCCAGGAACGCCGCGCUCCGGGAGAACGUCUUCAUGAUGGUGGUGUGUGCCGAGCUGAGGAUCCCGCUGUUCCUCGUCGGCAAGCCGGGCAGCUCCAAGUCGCUUGCCAAGGCGGUGGUGUCGCAUGCCAUGCAGGGGCCCUUUGCGCCCAUGGAAUUCUACAGGUGCUUCAAGCAGAUCCACGCCGUGUCCUUCCAGUGCAGCCCACACUCCACCUCGGAGGGCAUCGUCGGCACGUUCAGGCAGUGCGCCCGCUUCCAGGAGGGCAAAAACCUGGAGGAGUUCGUGUCGGUCGUUGUCCUCGAUGAGGUGGGCCUGGCCGAGGACUCGCCCAAGAUGCCGCUCAAAGCGCUGCACCCGCUGCUGGAGGACGGCUCCGUGGACGACAACCCGAAGCCCCACCAGAAGGUGGGCUUCGUGGGCAUUUCGAACUGGGCCCUGGACCCGGCCAAGAUGAACCGCGGGAUUUCCGUCGCCAGGGGGAGCCCGGACAAGGCCGAGCUGGUGGCGACCGCGAGGGGGAUCUGCUCGUCGGAUCACCUCAUCCUGUCCGUGCUCGAAGGCCUCUUCUCGACGCUGGCCGGCGGCUACCUGAGGGUGUGCGAGCGGCAGAAGAGGGGCUUCUUCGGCCUCCGGGACUUCUACAGCCUCGUCAAGAUGCUGUUUGGCACCUGCCAGAGGUCCGGUUCCGCGCCGACGGUGCCGGAGCUGCAGCGGGCCAUCCUGAGGAACUUCGGUGGCAGUUUGGACGUCGAGCCGCUGGCGAUCUUCGGCGUGGCGGACCAGGGCUGCCACGAUCCGCUGAGCCUCGUCAGGGAGAACAUCGCCUCCGGCGCUGACGAGACCGAGUGCCGGUACCUUCUCCUUCUCACUCAAAACUACUCGGCGCUCUCCAUCCUGCAGCAGGACGCCUCCCUGGGCCUGGCGGAUGGUGCCGAGAUCAUCUUCGGCUCGAGCUUCCCCCGGGACCAGGAGUACACGCAGGUGUGCCGCACCAUCAACCGCAUCAAGGUGUGCAUGGAGGCUGGCAGGAUGGUGGUGCUGCUCAACCUACAGGGCCUCUACGAGAGCCUCUACGAUGCGCUCAACCAGUACUACGUUCACCUGGGUGGGCAGCGGUAUGUAGACCUGGGGCUGGGCACGCACCGCGUCAAGUGCCGCGUGCAACGGCGAUUCCGCCUCGUCGUCAUCGAGGAGUCGCGCGUCGUCCACCGCCACUUCCCCGUCCCGCUCGUCAACCGCCUGGAGAAGCACUUCUUGGACAUGGGCGUCGUGCUGCGCGAGGGGCAGCGCCGGCUGGCGGAGGUGCUCGGGCGCUGGCUCCGGAGCUUCACGGAGAUGGUCGGGGAUGAGACGAGUGGGGGCCGGUGGCCGGACGACGAGGAGGGGGAGGAUGGGAGGGCCGGCGGUGGGGGAGGGCCCCGAAUCGCCGCCGUCAUUGUCGGCUACCACUCGGACGCCUGCGCCGCGGUGGCCCUGCAGGUCGCGAGCCGCAUGGCGCCGGAUGUCCCGGAGGGCCUCGACGGGCCGCUCGCAGAGGCCCAGGAGACGCUGCUGAGGUGCGCGGCGCCGGACGCCGUCGUGAGGCUGCGGCACAGCAGGCUGUCGGCCGCCGCGGCGGAGAUCUGGCAGAAGUACUUCGUGCACCAGCGUCACGGCUCCCUGCAGGAGUUCGUACGGCAGCAGCUGGAGUUGGCGAGCGACGGCCUGCUGGUGGAGGUGACUACACACGCCCGGCUGCUGACCGCCACGGACGCCGCGGUCAUCGCCAAGGCCGUGAGCAAUCCGCCCGCAGGCUUCGUCCUGCUGGCCCUGCAGCAGAUCGACACGGAGCACGCCUUCAGCAAGCGCGUCCGCGAGGUGUUCUCGGCGCCCGGCGACCGGCGAUGCCUUCUGCUGAUCCAGUCGGACUUCGAGGAUAUCAGCCACGGACCCAACCUGGUGGCAUGCGCCAAGUACUGCGCCAUGAACGAGAGGAGCCGGGCUGGCGCGGCACGAUCGCGUGUCCACGUCAUCUUCAUCACCAAGUUGCCGCGCGUGGCCACCACCACCUCCUCCGAAUACGUGGGCUUCCACGGGGGCCAGUGGAUCUCUGUCCACAUCGACGACCUGCGCAGCUCCGAGGACCUGCUCGGCGACGUCGUCUCCAUGUGGGGCCUCUCUCUCAGCGAGGUGUUCGCGCGCUGCUGCGGGGUCACACGUUCAGAAAGCACAGAGGGGGAGGAGCCGGAGGAGGAGCGGAGAGGUUACCUGCGGAGUGUGCCCAGCCGAACACCUUGGCUGACGUCCACGGGCAGCGCCCGCCGCCUGGUGGCGAGCUGCGUGCAGGCGGCGUGCAGCUCGCUGCGGGACCCCCCCGCGCUCUCCGCCCGAUCCACGCGGCGUGUCCACUUGCUGCUGCAGCUGCUCGAGACACACGGGGAAUUUUCGGAGGAGCUGAUGAGGCAGAUCCUUCGUCUGAUGAAGAGGAGGGACGAGGACACAGAUGCGCCGUGUGACUGGAUGCUGAAAGAGGCCUGCAAAGUGAAUGCCAUCCAGGAGGGCGGCUCCUUUCGGCACACCCUGUGGCGCCGCCUGCAGGCCGUGGUCACCCCAUUGCUGGCUCAGCUGCUGUCCGUCGUGGACCGGGACUCCAACCUGGACCUCCUGCUCGGGCCGACCUGCCAGCAGGAUCUGCGCUCCCUGUGGAUGCAGGUGUUCCGCGACACGCGUGUGCUUCACGUGCCCUACAGCAACGACAUCAGUUGGGGCAGGAGGGAGGAGAUCCGAAUGCCCUCCUCCUACGGGGAGCAGCAGCAGCGAGCGUUGCAGGGGCAAGGCUGCGCCCUGCCCUUCAGCUGGAUCUUCCGGCAGCAGCUGGAGCAGCUGUGGUGGGAGGCCAAGCACCUGAGCAGGUCGCUGGGCGGCGAGUCGAGCGAGCGACGCCUCCCGGGGCUCUUCACCUCGUCGUGCCUCGGCUCGCUCUGCUCACAGCUGGGCCCCUCCUGCCGCUCGAAGCUCUCCCUGCUCUACCUCCACGACCUCGUCGCCACCUCCUUUCCCAUACGCACCCCCAACGAGCUCCAGCUGCUGUGUCUGGCGCUGGCGGAAGCGUCGGCCGAGCAAUGGGGCCAGGACGAGAUGUCGCCGGUGGGAGUCCACGCGGCGCUGGAGACGGUGCGCCCGCGGCUCCAGAACCUGCUGCGUUUGGCGGCCGCCUUCCCCGACGUGGCGGAGAGGAUCGCUGAGCAGAGCGAGCGCCAGGGGGGCGCGACGGAGAUGACCCUGGACCUGCAGACCGCCGUCUCCUGCCUCGAGUCCCUGGAGCCUCCCGCUCUGCCGGAGGAGGCGGAGGAGGCCGAGGCAGCGGCCGCCUGGGGCCGCUGGCUCAGCCGCGUGGGAGCCGUGCGGUCCGUGAUGGAGCGGAUGGCGAGCGCGGACUACGGGGAGCAGUGCGGCCCGGGCGGCCGCUCGCUCGUCACGCUCACCAGGACGCUGCUGCAGCGCGUGCUGUGCGUGUCUCUGCUGGUGGAGCACGUGGUUUGGGGAUGCCGCCAGGACGCCGCUCUGCUGCGUCUCACCUCUCCUCUCCCCGCCGCGCUGUGGCAGGCACUUGCCCUCAACUCGGAUAUGAAGCAGCUGGCACCACUGGAGACGACGAUGGCCCUGCUCAGCUCCUGCGUGAGGAAUACCAAAACCCUGCCCCACAGGGCACGCAAGAAAGCACGGGAGUCGCUGUGCAGCGUCGUGACGGUCUUCUUCACUGAGCUCGUGUCUCAGCUGAGCUUCCGGGGCCGUGCGGCGCCAUCGCACCCCGUCCUGCACCGCCUCCUCGACAUGCUGCUCCUCGAGCAGAGCACCGAGGGGACGCAGUGCGGAGAGGGGAGCCCCUGGGCGGACUGCAUCCGCCCGAGCCCGGCCCUGCGCUCGGCACUGCUCAAGCUGCUGCUCCGCUACGCCGGCACGCGGGUGCCCAGGCCCAAAACCCCACCGGGAGAUUCCAACGGGCAGGAUUCAACGCAGGAUCUGCAGACGUCCGUUGCACAGGCCAAAUUUGAGACGGGCACUGCGCUGGCGUCGGAGUGCGAGGGCCUCGUGCGGCGUGCGGAGGAGUUGUGCCGGCGGCCGGGAGGUGCCUGGCCCCAGCUGUACCUGCUCCGCUCCCUGGCGAGUCGCUUUGGACUCGACCGGCUUCCGUCGCUCUGCCACCGCUUCCCGUGGCUGCUGCCCCCCGAGCUGCACGGUCGGGAGGCGUCAGGUGCCCACAAUGCAGAGCGGCAGGUGCUGCUGGUGCUGGCCGUAUACCGGGAGCUGACGUCCACCUCCCAGGAGCGAGUGGCCAAUCAGCUCCGAGAAUUCUCCACCCACUGCCACCUCCUCCGAGCGUCCCCCCCGCUGCACGACCUGUGCCGGUCUCUGGUGCGGGACUCGUUCGCGGGGCCGCUGGCGGCGGCCGAUCCCCGCCGCUCGCUCCUGGAGACGUUGGCCCACCUGGACGCCGUGCUCCGGGCCAGGCCCGCGAGCCGCCUGCUGGCUCCGCUGCGCCGCCUCGCCAGAGACCCCCGCGCCUUGCAGGACUCGCUUCUGGCCACGAUGCCCGACGACAUUCGGGACCAGGCCCGCAGCAUGGAGCUCGGCAGUGGGAGCUUCGAGUUCACGCGGUGGUACGAAUGUAAGAACGGGCACCCCUGCCUCUGUCCCCACCGUGCCGGGCACCCGGACGGCAAUCAGUGCGGGGCGCCCACGCAGACGGCGCGGUGCAUCGAGUGCGGCGUCGCGGUCGGCGGAGUGAGCCACAUACCCGUCGCCGGAUUCACCGCCGUCUCGCCCGGUAAGGAGCACACCAGGAGGGGUCACGUGCUAGGAGAUCCGUCGCGCCGGGACUCGGGCCUCACAUCUGACCGAGGUGUCCCCGCGCUCGCGUUUGGGGUCCUGCGAGCGCUCACCCAUGCCGCCAUGCUGCUCGGCUACAUCUCCGACCCCAAGGGCACCGCCGGCCUCAUCGAUCCCCGCGUGGGCGACGCGGCGGCCUUCCUGCUGCGCCACCUGGAGCAGGACCUGCAGCAGCUGUCGUCGGCGCUGGGCCGCAGCACCGACGACGCCCUGCUCCUCGUUCACCUGGCGACGGCUCGCCUACUGCACCUGGAGCCCGGCGGCAGCGACGAAAACGACGGGAGGCUGACGAGCCGCCAGCAGCGGGCGGACUGGGAGAGCGAUUUCACGCGCCAGGCUCUGAGUCCGCUGCUCAAGGACCUGGAGCAGAACCUCGAGGAACUGCGUCGGCUUGUCAGCGAUGACCGGCGCGGCCCGCUCAUGCGGAUGCUGUACGGCGACCCCACGCAGCAGCAGCAGCAGCAGGAUGAGCUGUGGCGAUACCAUCCCCGUGUCUCCGCUCAGCAUCUCUCCUCGCUGCUGGAGCAGCAGGAGCUGCAGCAGGAGCUGCCGGUGCUCACCCUCUUCCUCGCCCAGGUGAGCGACCGCUUCCGCCCGUCGCUCGGCUGCGGGGCCGGGCGCCGCUUCCGCCUUCGUUUUCCACCACGGACGCAGAACCGCGAGCCUGAGCGCCAGCUGCGCCUGGUCCGUCACCUGCCGGCGCUGGUGUCUCUGGCUCGCGAGCUCGUGAGCCGCUUCUGCUUCGCGGAUCGCGAGAGCAACCUCGGGUCCAUCCACCGCUACCUCUCCGCCGUGUGCCCAGAAAUGCUGCACCUCUGUGUCUCUGUGUCUCCAUAUGUGUCCCCGUGUGGUCCCACCAUUGCAGGCGCCGUGCAGCACGAUCUCUAUGCCAAGGCGGAGCUGUUCGUGAGCGUGUGGAACCAGCUGAGGACAGCCAUCAGGGAUGAGAACGAGCUGGGCGUCCCCGCGUCGCUGCUGGAGGAGGACCUGAGCGUGGAGAGCGACGCGCUCGUGCUGCUGCCUCGUCGCACGGGGCCCGGCCUCGUCGCCUCCGCCCUCUUGUCGCGCCUCGUCGCCCUGCACAACCGCGUGGUGGCGGCCAGCGAGAGCGCCGACGCUCACGAUGUCCCGCUGCCGGUGCCGGUGAGCGCCGUGUGCGAGCCGUACGUCGUGUCCUACGACGCCGACCAGGAGCUUCUGCCGCUGCUGGCUUCGGCACGGGGCUACGCGGCGGCGGAGCCGGUGGCUGCCGCCGACAACCUCCACCUGCACGGCCUGCAGCGGCAGAUCGUGCACCGCUUCAUCCGCGGACGCCCGCGUAUCGAUGUGACGGACCUGCCCACACUCGUCUCCCCCCAGGACCGGGACUUCUCGGUCCUCUUCAGCGAUCUGCGCCUCAAACUGCCCCAGGUGGCUCUGCCCAGCGCCCUGCAGGAUCGAGUCCGUGGCCAGCUGCGGUCGUUCCUCUACACGACGGAGGCCCACUCGGCGGUGCAAAUCGUCGCCGGCUUCCUGGCGUCCGGCGGCGGCGACGGCGAGAGCGGCCUGCGCCCAUUUCUGUGCGACACCAUCCGCAUGAACCAGCUCUCCCCGCACGUGCUGCAGGUGCUCGAGGCAUGCCGACUCAAGCACGUGACUUCGCUGUGGCACGUGCUCUCAGCCAUGCGGUCUGAGCACUUCCUAUUGAAUAACCAGGAGCCCUUCCCAAGGCUGCCCUCGGAGAGCUACCGCGAGCCGCUGAGCGCCGCGCAGGAGGAGCGGCUGAGCGUGCUGCUCGGCGGCCGCUCUGGCGGGGCGCUGGCGGCGCUGGCGCUGGCGCUGCACGGCUUCAUCCUCCUGGCGCUGUGCCGCAGGGGGGCUCACGACGCCCACUGGGGGUUGGCGGAGACCCUGGCGGCCGAGGGCAUCGAGUGGCUCGUGGAGCAGGACCUCGACGCCGAGGUGACCGUGGGCCAGAGCGCUGCCGUGUGGCGGGCGGUGGUCACGCACAGAGAGCGCAGGAGGACGUCUCUGAACAACGACCACAGCGCAUGAGACGAAGAUGCCCCCCCCCAACUCCCGUGUAGCCUUAACCCCAACGC